UUUUCUUUGUCUUCUUUUGCAGUCCAGUUCGUUUCUCGGCCUCGAAGACUAUGCCUUCAGUACUCUAUCAAUUCAAACAAUGCGAGUGAAUUACAUAACCUCGAAGAUGAGGGCGCAACUGACAUAGCAAUGUGUGAAAAAUUGGAUAAAAUGUGUUAUAUUUUGUGGAAGGAAGAUAUCAAAGAUGGAAAAAUAUUGGUUACAGUUUUAAGGCGUGGUUGCUGGCGCUAUGAGAACAAUGAAAAAGAAUCAUGCAAUACUACAAAUUGUCUUUCAUCGCAACAUUCAUUUGGCAAUAUUCAUUUCUGUUGUUGUCAAGCAGAUUUAUGCAACAGUAACUUCAGAACAAAACAUGCAUUUCCGACUGCCGAACAAAAUAUUUCAGCUCAAUCGACAGGUAAUUAUGUAAACAUGGUUCCAGUACGGUCGUACUGUUAGCUAGUACUACUCUAUACUCUAAACUGCCUAACAGGAAUGGCCCAAAUACAGGAUCGCCGAUGUACUAACAGAACUAUUUAUGUUAUUUUGUUGCAAUGCAGGUACAGAAUACAAGCAUCUGACGCAGACAAAUGUCUUGUUUUUGGCUGGAAUGAUUCUUGCUGGAGCCUUUCUGCUACUUUUAACAUGCAUAGUAGCAUGUAGGACUUUAUUUUGUAAAAGAAAAAUAACGUACAAAGACAGACAUUCUACCAUCAUUUCUCGUAAGCAUCCCUUGUUAACAGAACGACCAAAAUUUAUUUCCCGAAUCUAUGUGGGGAAAUUUAGUGAAGUUUGGUAUGGAAGAGUAAAGACGAAAGCUGUCGCCAUAAAGAAAUUUCGUAGUUCAAGUUAUGGUAGUUGGAAACAAGAGAGAGAGAUCUACAAUGUUGGAUUAAACCAUCCUGGGAUAUUAAAGGUUGGUAGCUCUGCAAAUACAAAAUCCUGAAUGGCUGCAGAAUCUCAUUCUUCGUAAUUUGAAAACCGAUAUAUUAAUUUUCUUGUCUCUGAAUGCGUGGUAUGGUGCGUUUGUAUAUGGUAUAGUGAUGGAAUGGUGUACGUGAUAUGUUAAGACUCAUAGGCAUGGUACAACAUUAUAGUAUAUGAAAAUUUGUCUUUUGGCAUAAAAUUUAAAAUAUAUGAAAAUAAGGAAAUUAUUUUAACCAAAAUAUUUGUAAACGCUGCAGAAUAAUAAAAUCUAUUGAAUCACUUUCAUGUUGCUAAUUUUUCAGAUUUUUGGAGAAUGUAUCCUUGAAAAGACCUGGGAUUUGAGCUAUAUUCUUCUAACGGAGUAUCAUCCAAGAGGCUCACUAAGACAUGUUUUACAAUCCAACAUUAUUUCCUGGCAAACGAUGUGUACCAUGGGUAAGAGUAUAGCGGAAGCACUGGCAUAUCUCCAUGGAGAACAAGGUAACAAAUUAAAUUGCUUAAAGCUGUAUUAAAUAGGUUUGAUUUUAAAUUAAUCUAUAUUUUAUGGGUUUUGUCAUUUUUUCAUUUAUUCUUCAUCCAACUUCAACAAAUUAGUUUGAUCGCGAGAAAAGGCCGUCAGUUAACAUUCAGUUUUGAAAUAUCAUGGUAACAAACAAACAAACAAACAAACAAACAAACAAACAAACAAACAAACAAACAAACAAAACAAACAAAACAAAACAAACAAACAAAACCAACAAAACACACAAACAAACAAAAGCAGAGAGACUGAAAUCAUAACUCCCUUGUAUAGAGGUAGUCAGGCAGAUAGAGGACCAAAAUUAUUGAAAACUUACCAUAUCGUGGGACAAUUCCAUUUUGCCUUCAUAUUGUGCCCUGAAGGCUAGCAAGUACGUUUCUGUAUGUUGGCGGCGUUAAAAUUUCUUGUGGGCUCCUGCCGACACGUUUUUCUUCGAAUUUGGUAUUAAAUUAAACUCUAUAUUACAAUUAAAAAAUGUGAAAUUUCUGAUACAUUUCUAAUACAAAUAACUUGCAUCAAUAGAAAGCUAACAAAACACUACAUAUAAGACAUUUAAAUGGUUAGUUGGGAUUUUCAAGCGGUUUUCGAGUUAUUGCUGUUUCAAAUGUAAAAAAUAAGCCAAAAUCUCGCAAAAUUCCUGCAUGGGUAUACUAGUCUGAAAACACGCAUUCAACAGCUCAUAACUAAAGAAGAACUUGAAAAACCCGGGUAACCGUUUAAAUGUCUUAUAUAUAGUUUUUUUGCAAGCUUUCAAAUCAUGUAAGUCAUUUGUGUUAGAAAUGGAUUUGAAUUUCACAUUUUUUAUAAUAUAACUGUAAAUUGUAAUAGAGUUUAAUACAACAUUCGAAGAAAAACGUGUCGGCAGGAGCCCACAAGAAAUUUUAACGCGGCCAACAUACAGAAACGUACUUACUAGCCUUCAGGGCACAAUAUGAAGGAAAAAUGGAAUUGUCCCACGAUAUGGUAGGUUUUUUCCUUCUAUCUGCCCGACUACUUUUAUAUCAAUCUAUGAAAAAUAAGGGAUGCGGAAUUAAAUGCGUUUCCGCCGUGUCAUAUUGAUUUUACUUUCCCAAUAGAAAAAACAAGCUUUUCAUGUAUUGUUCACCGAAAUCUUAAAAGUGAGAACAUUCUUGUAAAGGCUGAUGACACCUGUGUUCUGUGUGAUUUUGGACUCGCUCGGGUAAUGCCAAUACAACAGCGCUCUGCUGUCAGCAAUGACUACAAACAGGUAUACACCAUAGACGAGCAGUACUGAGCUCCAUAUAUAUCCGGGUUGUACGAAGACCGGAGAGCGCUAUCCGCCGGAUAGCGAGUUUUUCAAGCUUCUUACAGUGCGUCUAUACAGUAUAGGUGGGGCCAUGUAGAGAACACUAACCAAUCACAUUGCAGAACAAAAGUAGAAAAAAACAACAAACGAUGCAUUAGCCAAUCAGCAUUAGGCCAAAAACAAUUUGAACAAAUGUCGAACGGUAAAAAUAGACUUGAAAAGUAAACACUGCAGUUACUGGCUUCCUGCGUUCUUUUGAUUGGACGAGUUGCAGUUUGAUUAGCUUUCUAUUUUUGUUCUGCAAUGUGAUUGGUUAGUGUUAUCUAAGUGGCCCCACUUACAGUAGACGCACUGUAAAAUUGUCCGUAGAUCGGCAUAACCUACAAUCCUAGACAAAUAACAUGCGGACGCUGAUUAAAAAUGGCUGAAGUUUAAUUAAGGCAAUCAAAUAUUUAUACGCACAUUCAGCCGUAUUCAGUCCCGCUCCCCCGUUACAAUGUUGUUGCUACAGAUACCGCAAUAGUUGCCAUAAUGACUGAAGUGUUCAUCAACAUUGUUUCAGGGAAGAAGGGACCGACUUUAUGAAGUAUAUAUGAAAUGUUUAAAAAAAUAAUUUAUUUAUCAUGUUUGUCCGAGUAAAUUUGUCUAUGAUAUUGUAUUGUAUUCUAAUGAAUUAUGUACAAUAAAAGUUUUCCUAUGUCGUUCUGUCUGGAAGUUAACAUUAAAUUUGUGUUUUGUUCUUAGACUAAAAUAGUUCAAAUUACGAGGAUUAUGCAAUCAAUAAGUUAUGCAAUAACUGUCGAUCACUGUGACAACCUCGUUCCCAGGGUAUUCGCUCUUUCCCUCACCCUGGGAACGAGGUUGUCACUGUGAUUGGUUGAAAGAAAUCGCAGCGAGUUGACUUUUGCGAUGAAUGGAACGGAGGCUUAAGAACUCGAGUCCAAAAGUGAACCAAGACGGAGCUAUUGGACGUCACUUUCUAUUGUUUUUGUCGGCGCGGUUGACACAAAGCUGCAAGGACUAGUGUGCCGAAAUUUAGUGUUUUGACUUUGAUUUGAAUGGUUUAUGAACUGAUAGCGAUACGAUCCAUUAGAAAAAAAUAGAAUUGCUUGGGGAAAAUGGUAUGAAAACUGUUCACGGCCUUAGUCGAAUGACUGAACCUAGUUCUCGCUCCAGAUCUAUAGAGCUUACUGUUGUGGAGGGGCAAUUUGUUUAGCAAAAAUGGGGGAUAAUAUGAUUCGUAUUUACAGUAAUUCUCCGAAUUUGAAAUAUUAGGGAGUUUAAGCUUCACGUUUCCGGGAACGGCAAACGGCAGGUUCGAACCUUCUUGGCAAAAUUUUCGUUGAACGUUUUCGUUUCAUAUUUUAUUUCUUGUGUGGAAAGAAUAAUCAUACAUUGCAGUUUUAAAAAAACAAGUUCAUUUACUUUUAUUGCCUGAUACAGUAAAAAUUUUCUUUGUCUGGCGUUUGCCAUUUUCCGUAUAACGCGAAGCUUAAGCUCUCUAUUUAUUAACAUUGUUUCUGCCACCAAAGAAACAAAGAAUAUUUUUGAACUUGUUAAGGAACAUUCUUCCAUUCUGGGGAUGCAAAUUUGGUAGUUCUAAUUGAAACUGCAGCACUCAUAAUUCCAAACUAAACACUGAUACUAUAUUGCAGAAAUGGAACUUGAUCUGUCACAGAGUGCUGUGUCGACCACUCAGCAACGUGUACCCCAACAGACGCUCUAAGUGCACUAAAUAUGCAUUCUUAUAUAGGUUGGCACUCCAAGGUACAUGGCACCAGAAAUGUUAGAGGGACGCAUUAAUCUUGAUGAUAUUACAACUCAGCUAAAACAGAUCGACAUUUAUGCGCUAGGAACAGUUUUGUGGGAGAUAUCUUCCAGAUGUUCAGAUGUUUGCAGUGGUAGGUAUUUUUAAUGUUUUCAAUUUUGACUCACAACGACACAACGCAUGUACAGAUAUCGCACAGCACACUCCUUAUAAGGGUUUUUCAGUGACUGGUUACAUUUUGAAUAGAUAGAUAGAUAGAACCGGAACUGACGUGAAGCAGACCGAGGUGGACUGUGAGCUUGCAAAUGGCGCUUUAAGCAGCCGAUAUUAGUCCAUACCUCGUUAAUGAUCUGCCCCCUGACCUACGAGUUUAACCCACCCUGUCAACUUUCCCUGUGGGAGGACACCGGAGUACCCGGAGAAAACCCACGACUUUCGGCAGAGCGUUGACUUUUUACUCUUUUCACAUGAGGACUGGGUUCGAGUCACAUUGAGAAGUUCUCACUGAGAUUUGAACCUGCGACCUUAGAGGUGAAAGGCAAGUGCGCUAACCACUUCGCCACCGAAGCCCAUGUAAAGGCCCAUUUCCACUCAAGAAAAUUUCCACGGACAGAAAAUUUUCCGAAAAUAUCAUUAUUAAAAGUUGAAAAUUUCAACUUCAACAUUUUUUUCCGACUGAAAAUUUGUGUUGGCCAAUCACAUUUUACAACAUUUUGUUCCCGAGUGGAAAUUGUUCCAAAAUGUUCCUAAGUGGAAAUGGACCUUAAUGUCCUCUGCGCAACACGUCCUAGCUGUCUUCUGAUCAUGGUCGUGUGAACGACAGUUAGGCCCCGUAGCAAACCUUCGUUCAAAAGCUAUCGUUUUCUGGCAAACUGUUUGAUAUGUUAAAUUUAACUGAAUAACUUGUUUUAUAGAAUAUAAGUUACUCUUUUUCCUUAGGUCUUGAGAUCCUAGGAUGUCAUUUGCCUCAGUUCCACGUUGGCAGCAGUGAUAAUACGACAAAUGGGAACGUAAAGAAUGUUAUAGUGAAACAAAAGCUGCAUCCCACGUUUUCAGAUACUUGCAACAUAGAAAGUCAGGUAAAUAUGCGAGGACUGCUCUUGGUAUGUAGGUUGCAAUGGUCACACUAGGGGAUGACCCCUCCGAAUACCUUGAACGACUUAAUGUUUCACAAAGAUAGCUGAUUAACUAACUACUAGCCAGGUAUUCGAAUAAGCGAAUUUGCAGAGGGGAAUUCCACUCAAGAGUUUUUAGUGGAUUUUGUUUGAUCUCUCACGCAUUUUUCUUAGAUUUUUUAAAAGAAAGUUUGUUUGAUUUGUGGACUGGAUUUUUUUUUACUUUCCGGAUUCUUUUAGGAUUUGAACGCAUUUUUAAAUUAGGAUUUUGACGGAUUUUCAAAAUUGUACCGGAUUUUUAGGGGACUUUUUUUGGCAAAGUGUACCGGAUUUGGGGGUAAAAUGCCCCUCGAAAUUUGCAUUAAAUUUCGAAACUGAAAAUGUUGACAGAAAAUGUUAACUGGAUAAUAGUAUGGACUAUAGAGAGAAAAUAUUAACAACCUAAAUUUGCAUCACCUAAUUUUGUGACAUGCCCGCCAGUGAUAUAGCCUGUAACGUUAGCUACCUUGUAUGUACUACCUUGUAUGUAGGGGGUAAAUUAACCCAAGUUGGGAAAAUAUUUUGUUAUUUAUCAAUAGUGUGUGAAAGAACUGAAGGAAUUGAUAAGCCAGUGUUUGGAUGAGGAUCCUGAAGCCAGAUUGUCAGCUUCAUGUGUUUGUCACAGUAUAAAUCAACUUCAAGAAAACUACAAGACAGAGACUUAUUUGAUUUAG